ACAACCAAAACGGAGAAACACAGUGCCCAUGGCGAGGGUAACGGUCCUGCGGUUACGGCCUGAGCUCCAUGCAGGGCUGGAGGGUGGAGAUGGAGGACGCGCACAACGGCCGUUGUGGGACUUCCCCAUGGACUGGCCGAACUGGUCGUUCUUCGCCGUGUAUGACGGCCACCGCGGGAUCCAGUCGCCCAACUACUGUUCAGGACACCUGCUGGAGCACAUCCUGUCAGGGGGCGUGGACUUCGGCUCCACCCCCUGCUCCGUGGAGGGCGUGAAGGACGGCAUCCGCUCCGGUUUCCUCAACAUAGACGAGUACAUGCGCGCUUCUUCAGACCUGCGGCAGGGCUUGGACCGCAGCGGCUCCACGGCGGUGUGCGUGCUCCUCAGCCCCACCCACCUCUACUUCAUUAACUGUGGCGACUCUCGGGCCGUCCUCUGCCGCCAUGGCAACGUUGGAUUCUCCACACAGGACCAUAAACCCAGCCUGCCUCGAGAGAAGGAGCGCAUCCAGAAGGCGGGCGGAUCCGUCAUGAUACAGAGGGUCAACGGCUCGCUGGCCGUGUCCCGGGCACUGGGAGACUACGACUACAAAUGUGUGGACGGUAAGGGCCCCACGGAGCAGCUGGUGAGCCCGGAGCCUGAGGUGUGUGUGCUGGAACGCGCCGGCGAAGGGGACGAGUUCAUCGUUUUGGCCUGCGAUGGAAUCUGGGACGUCAUGUCGAACGAGGACGUGUGCGAGUUUGUGCGCUCCAGACUGCAGGUGUGUGAGGAUCUGGAGAAGAUCUGCAACUCUGUGGUGGACACCUGCCUGCACAAGGGGAGUCGGGACAACAUGAGCGUGGUGCUGGUGUGUUUGCCCGGAGCGCCCAAAGUGUCGGAGGAGGCGCUGAAGAAGGAGGAGGAGCUGGACAAGUAUCUGGAGACGCGUGUACAAGACCUCUUGGGCGGCUGUGGAGAGAGUGGACUGCCCGACCUGGUGACCGUCCUGAGGAGCAUCGCGUCUGAGAACAUCCCCAACCUCCCCCCGGGUGGAGGCCUGGCCAGCAAACGCAGCGUUAUCGAGGCUAUCUACAAUAAGCUGAACCCUCACAGAGAAGAGGAAGGGACCGGAGGCGACCUGGAGGACCCCUGGUAGCGUGGAAACCAAGCUUGUUUCUGUCCGGUUUCCUCGGCAACAUCGUCCCGAAGAGGAGCCACAACUCUCUCUCUAUCUCUCUCUCCAUCGCGCCGUGUUUAUCUCCACAAAAUAAUCAACAAAUCAUCCCAAACAACACAACCUAAACAAAAGAACGGAGGAGAUGCGUAUGGCUGGAGUGAGUGACAAAGCGCCUGAAUGCUAACUGUGUGUACGUGAGUGUGUGCGUGAAUGAACAAAAUUCGACAACAAUAAAAUAAAAUGCGCCUUCAAAAAAAUUCAGAAAUGAUUUUAUGAACUGAAAUAUUGUGAUGGUAGGAUUUUACCAUUGAGAUUCUGUUUGAUUUCUUGAAUGUUGACACCUGACUUCACCGCGACGUAAAUGGACCUAGCGUGUUUGUGGUUUAAAAGAAGGCGGAACUGUUUUGGGGAAAAAACUUUUCGAUGUUGAUUCCUUACUCUCCUGGACCUUCUUGUGUGUGUGAGCAAGUCCAGAUCAUGAGAUAAAAUGCCUAACACCCCUAUCGCUUUUUCGCCCUUGGACACAUAUUAAAACGCAGACAUUUACAUACAAGUACAUAGAAAGGAUAUGUCUCACCCCCUAGUGGACCACACAGGAACUGACUUCGUAAAAUACAAAAGAAAAAAGAAAAAAACAUGGUCUUUGGAGACUUGUCGUAACAUUAUUUAAGAUAUUUAAGUCCAAAUAGCUAUCCAGUGCCUUCACAUGUUUUGUAAGAUUAUGCCAGUUGUCAACAGCAGGGGGAGUAGUGUACAGUAAAGUUUAAAGACGCUGUACCUGAUUUUUACAGUCUUAAAAACGUGACAAAUAGAACAAUGAGUUUAUAAGCACUUUUCACAACUUUCAGAGGCCAGUGAAGAGUUUCAUGAUAAUGCUAAGAACAGCAUGCUAACAGCGUAUCAGCUUUACUUCCUGGUUUGUGGGGAAUACAGCUUUAUAAUUAGAUGCAGAAAGUCACACAGAGGUCUCAUUUUGACCCUUAGAGCUGCUUUUACAAUAGAUCUGUAAAGGGGCAAAACAAAAUGUACUUAAUUAUAUGAAAAAAACAAAAAAAACAGGUGCAGCCCCUUUAAGGUAAAAAUGAGAGCCAAGCACUUACUAGCUAAAAUGUGUGUAUUAACUGUAUAUAGUGAAUUUAGCAAGUGGCUAAUGUCUAUAGAGAGAUACUAUUUUGGUAAUAAAUUAGCCAUGUAUUAACAUUUCUGUGGUCGUCAUAGCAACGUUAAAGAAAUCAGACGCCAUUUUGGAUGUACAGUAUUUGAAUGGCACUGCUGCAGCUCUUGACUCCAUCUAGUGGUACAUGUUGGAAUAGCAAGUCCCACGGCUGACACUUCUGCCAUUAGCAUAGCAUUCAGGUGUUACAUUGGCAGUUCAAAUGAAAAUAUUGUUACCAGAAACAUUUCAGAUGGGAUUUAAAAACAAUCUGACCACUUUUUGUAUUGACCCGAAGUCUGCUCCUGAUUGGUCCAUGACAGAAAGGGGGCGGGGCUUACUCCACACUCACCUGAGCACCGCAUGAGGACUUCUAUAGGAUUCUGCGUGUACAGCUUCAUCUUUUUUUUCCUUUCUUGACCAGCGCUUGGACAGCCAUUGGAUUAAAAAAAACUUAAACAUGACAUAACCGCGAAGGACCUCUGAACCUCUGCCGUGUGCGAAGUGGAUUUCAAAUGUUUUUUUUCUUGUUUUUUUUUUUUUCUUUGUUGAUUAGACGAUGAUAAUCAUGAUGGGGGCGACAUGGGACGUUGGUUCACUGCAAGCAACAACAUGAACUCAUGGCAAAUUUGGGGGGAUUUUGGGGGCCUUGUUGAAUCACUGGUUGGAGCAGGACAUUAAGCCCAAGUUGCUCAAAAACAAAAUGGCGGACUGUCCUGGAGAUGGAGGAAAAUCGAUAUAUUUUUUUCUUUUAUUUUGUAUGUUGUCCAUGAGGUUCCUAGCUGCUCGCUGUGUAGAGUGAAUGACUCCCUGUUUUAACCCUUUCUGGUUUCAGACUGCAUUGGUAAUGUUUGUAUUGCUGUUGUUUGAUGCACUCACAUUUGAUUACAGAAAGCGUCUAUAUAUGAAAUAAAAGACCUGCCAAGGA